UGUUGGCUCUUCUAACAGUUUCUUAAACGAUACGGUUCAUUACAACCCUUCUGAUCUCUCCGGCUGGGCUCAGACCAUGCUCUCGGGGCUUAGCUACUACCCGGAUCUUGACCCGACCCGUGUUUGCGAUCUGCGACCAAUCACUGACGACGACGAGUGUUGUUGCAGUAGCAACAGCAGCAACAACAAGAGGAUUCGACUCGGUCCUUGGUAUGACUCAGUUAGCAGCGAGUCAACUCGCUCCGUGGUGCUCGUCGAAGAGACCGGAAUCAGACUCGUCCAGGCGCUAGUGGCCUGCGCCGAGGCGGUCCAGCAAGAGAAUCUGAGCCUCGCGGACGCUCUCGUGAAGCACGUGGGAUCGCUCGCGGCUUCUCAGGCCGGAGCAAUGGGGAAAGUCGCCACCUACUUCGCCGAAGCCCUAGCUCGUCGGAUUUACCGGAUCCACCCUUCCUCCGCCGCCGUUGAUCCUUCCUUCGAAGAGCUGCUUCAGAUGAACUUCUACGACUCGUCUCCUUACCUCAAAUUCGCACAUUUCACGGCCAACCAAGCGAUUCUAGAAGCUGUUACGAUGGCGCGUAGCGUGCACGUAAUCGAUCUAGGGUUAAAUCAAGGGAUGCAGUGGCCGGCGUUAAUGCAAGCCUUAGCUCUCCGACCCGGUGGUCCACCGUCGUUUCGUCUCACCGGCGUUGGUGCUCCGUCGAAUCGUGAAGGUAUCCAAGAGUUAGGUUGGAAGCUAGCUCAGCUGGCUCAAGCCGUCGGCGUCGAAUUCGAAUUCAAUGCUCUAACGACGGAGAGAUUAUCCGAUCUCGAACCGGAUAUGUUCGAGACCCGACCCGAAUCAGAGACUCUAGUGGUUAAUUCGGUUUUCGAGCUUCACCCGGUUUUAGCCCAACCCGGUUCGAUCGAAGAACUGUUAGCUACGGUUAAAGCGGUUAAACCGAGCAUCGUAACGGUGGUUGAACAAGAAGCGAACCAUAACGGCGUCGUUUUCUUAGACCGGUUUAACGAAGCGCUUCACUAUUACUCGAGCCUGUUCGACUCGCUCGAGGAUAGUGUUGUAAUACCGGGUCAAGACCGAGUCAUGUCUGAGGUUUACUUAGGGAGACAGAUUUUGAACGUGGUGGCGGCGGAAGGAACUGAACGGGUCGAGCGGCACGAGACGCUGGAUCAGUGGCGGAGACGGAUGAGAUCCGCCGGGUUUGACCCGGUUAAUCUCGGAUACGACGCGUUUAAACAAGCGAGUUUGUUAUUGGCGUUGUUCGGCGGCGGUGAUGGAUACAGAGUGGAGGAGAAUGACGGUAGCCUAAUGCUUGCGUGGCAGACGAAACCGCUCAUUGCUGCUUCGGCUUGGAAACUCGCGGCGGAGUUGCGGCGGUAGAGGAUGACAAUGACGUCGUCGUCACAAAGAAGUGAACAGAAAAAUAAACUUAGGGAACUUUUGUUUUUGAUAUAUAAAAUAAAGUGAAAUUGCGAAACCGUAACCUUUAUGUUUUUGUUUUACUGUGACUUUACCCCAAAAGUUUCGUUUUAUGACAAUUUCGUCCGAAAUAUUCCAUGCUUUUACUUUUUGGACCCCCAUUUGUGUGUGCUACUGUGCUUUGGUCGUCGAAAUUCGAAAACGAGGAAAAUGUGUGUAUGUAAAAGCACGAGGGCACGACCGAGAGUAGCAGUAAUAAAAGAAGUGACGUUUAUUUU